GUUUCCAUAGCCUGCGAAUUUCUGAGCAUCGAGAUUCAGGACGCGAAGGCUUAGGAGGUACAGUAUGGUUCAUAUUCUGGGAAUAUGUAGCUCGAUACUAUACGAUGGACGAAAAACAACCCUAAGAAUUACCAGGGCUGACCUUGAACAUCCGCCUAGCCUUCUCGAGCUCGCUGCUGUCACCUGACGCAUGUCUAAGUCUGGCACGUUGAUAGGACGGAACCGGACCGUGGUAUAUUUGACAGCCACCUCGCCAUGCCCGCUAAUGGGCCCUAGACCAUCUGAAUAACGAAUCAGAGAGAAGCAUCUACACCCUAAGCAAGAGGUUUCGUGUAUUACCAUGUUCUUUCAUCUCACGUUUCAACCAUUCACCAAACUCCCCUACGCUGAGGAUGGCUCGCACCUCAAGAUCCUCCGCUCUCGUUGGACCUUUGGGCAUAAUCAACCAAAUAUAGGUCAACCUUUGGAAGAGUUUCGUCUCGAACCACUGAUUUACGAUGCCAUAACGCGACAGCUAUAUGACUAUAUAGGCAAACACGGUACGUAUACCAGUACCUCUGAAUCUUCCAGGUUUGACACCCCCUUCCCUGCAAACCUCGAUAGUCCACUUCAAGCUUCAAUUUGGCUCGAGCAUGCUAUCCUCAAAGAGGCGCGAAGCAUCGAAUACCAGGUAUAUUUGGCGUUCGAGAGCGAUGUGGCAUUUGGAAACGCGUGUGACUACUUCAAGGACACAUGGGUGCAACACAUUCGCGCGGAAGCCGAGCUGUUCCAUCAUGAUAUAUGGCUGGAUGUUUCGGUUCAGAAUUGCCCGGUGGGUUGGGAGACGAGCUUCCCACCUGGCGUCUUCAAGUUCUUGUGGGGGAGUUUGGAGAAGGCGGGAAUGACAGACCAGGUCAAAGAACCAGGGCAUGCCCAGGCAAGCCCGAGUGACGCAUCUCAAUUGCAUGAGGGCGAACUUCGGUUUGAUGAUUUUCAUCAGUCUACUCAAGAGAACCCGGUUUGCGAGCAAUUCGCGGAUGACGUUCACGAGUUGCCGCAGACCACCGCCGUCGUCGAUCUACCCAAUGAACCUCUCAUGCGCACGACGCCUGGGGAUGCAUACACAGAAGGUUACAUCGACGAGGAAGAAUACCAACCCAUGGAUCAACCCAUGGAGCAAUCCGCACUCAUCUCGAACGACACCGAACAUUCCAUCCUCGACAGCCCCAUCGAAUCCAGCGCCUUCACAUACUCCGAGGUCAGUGCAUCCUCAGAGAUCCCCCCUCAUUCAUCCGGCGUCAGCACUCCCAGAUCUCCUUUGGGCGUCUACAAAUUCCCCACGAACCUUGCACGCGAACGUCUCGACCGCGGCUUUCCCGAAACAGUCUGGCAUCUCUCCACCGUUGUCACCGCCCUAUCCGCCUCGAUCUGGGACCUCGGUGACGAACUUCAACUUCGAGUUGCACCACACCUCAAAGUUCUUCGCCAUAUUCGUCACGAGCUCGUUGACCAAUUGUCCAGAUUCGCGAAGCUCGAGGAGGAGAGUGGAGGGAUGACUGGAACAGAGAAAGCGUUUAUGGCGUUAGUCGCGGAAUUGAUGAAGGUGAUCGAUGAUAUGAGGCUGAAGAUUUGGGAUCUGGAUAUGACGUGUCAGCUUGGCGUGAAGCCGUUGGUGCAAGGUCUGAGGAUGGCCGCGACGGAGAUGUUUGAGGCGGUCAACAGUGACUGAUUGUCGUCUGACACUUUCCCCAAGACGAUGUCCGUAGCCUUUUGAUCAAUCCUAGCAAUCACGUAUCUGACGAGAAAAACAAGAAUAACGAAGGAGCACAUAGCCGAUGGUCCCACGGGUGGCCACGAUGCAGGCGCGUCUGGAGUGCACCGGCACCGCCGGACAAUGACAUAACCC